AUGGCGCCCGCGCUGCACCUCCCACCGCCAUCGCAAGGCGCUAGCGAUGAGCUGGGCCUUGUAUCUACUUCUACUGUCGAUGGAAGCACGUUCCCGAGUGGCGGCGUCGUAUAUCCGCCGCCAGAUUUACGUGCCAUUGUCGACAAAACAGCCGAGUUUGUCGCGCGUAAUGGCGUGGCGUUCGAAGCCAAGAUCCGUGAGCAGGAGCGCAUGAAUCCCAAGUUUGCAUUCUUGCAGCAGGGAGACGCGUACCAUGCCUAUUUUCGCCUCCAAAUCCGUGCAGCAACGGAGAAGCAAAUGAACCCGGACGCAACUGAGACCAAAGAUGCAGGCGCCGCCGCUGCUGUGCAUGCCGCCCUCCAAGCUGACCGUUCGCAACGUGCGCGGCCCGCCGAGCCUGAGCGUCCGCCACCACAUGAAUUCUCGCUUGAGUUCCCUAGCACUGCCGCUGUGGACAUGGAAAUCCUCAAACUCACAGCCCUUUUCACAGCGCGUCAAGGUCAUGGGUUUGCUACGCGACUGCUCGCCAAAGAGUCCGAGUCCCACCAAUUCGCCUUCUUGCAACCACGCCAUCCCCUUUUCAGCUACUUUAACCUGCUAGUCGAGCAAUACCGCCGCGUAAUGCAGCCAAGCCAGGCACUGCUCGAUCAAGUACACACCUAUGCAAGCCACCGCCGUGGGCCUGGUGCUGGCGGCGCACGUAUGCAGCUACUUCCAGCGAUGAAAAAACGCGCUGCGUGGACCAAGUGGGACCAGGACCGACGUGAGGAAGAAGAGGCGGAAGAAGAGCGACGCAAAGCGACGUUCGACGAGAUCGACUGGCAGGACUUUGUCGUGGUCGGCGUUGUCGAAAUUACCAGCAAUGAUGCACGCGCAGAUCUACCACCACCUCGUUCGUUGCAUGAGCUUCAGACGAUGGUUCAUACCCAGGAGAAAAUGGCCGAGAUGCAAGCUGCCGAGAAAGCACAGGCGGAAGCUCGAGCGCAAGCCGAGGCUGCGUUGGCCACUGCUGCGGCCGAAGCGCCUGCGCCUGAGGCAGAAGAAGAGGAGCCUACGACAUCAUCCGAAUCGGUCACGCCUAGCUCUGAACCAGCACGCCCUGCUAUUUCCAAGCCAAUACCCCAAGGUCCUAUCAAGAUUCGGCAGGACUACAGGCGCACUGCACGGCCUACACAGACUGCAUCACAGACCACCGUAUGCCCUGUAUGUGGCGACUCCGUCUUGCUGAGCGAGAUGAGCGAGCAUGUUCGUAUUGAGCUUCUCAAUCCCAAGUUCCGCGAAGAACGCGCCAAGAUUGAGCAGCGUCGGCAGGAGCAGGCCAGUGUGGCAGCUGGUGCCGAUCCCAGCCACUUUCUCAAGCAGUUUGCCGGUGCACGCACUGAUAUCUUUGGCGCCCGUGAAGACGAAGAAGCACAGGCACGUCGCGAUACCAAGGAGCGCGAGUUGGCCCGUGAGAAGGAGCGCCAUGUAUGGGAUGGUCAUGCCAACAGCAGCAAGGCUGCGCAAGAAGCACGUGCACGAAAGCAGGCUGUGUCGACCGAUGAGCAGCUGGCACAACUUCGACAGAAACCUACCUCUACUGCCACACCUCUGGGCCCUCACAUUCCCGGGAAGCGUGCGGCGGCUGAUGAAGGUGCUACGACGGCGCCCGCUGCGACCAAGCGGCGGACCGAGUCGCCGUCCACAGCCCAUGAAGGCGCCUUGUAUCCGGAGCAAGAAUGGUUGGCCAUGUACCCUCAUCCCAUUACCUUGCAUGUGCACGUGCCUGAUGCCCCCCAUAUGGCGCCCUUGUGCGAUGGGCGUGUCCUUGAAUUAUCAGGCUUGCCGCUCACCACGACUAUCGGCCAAAUUCGGGAUCGUAUCCUGAACGAAGCCUUGCAGCGCUCUGUGAGUGCCUCGAAGCUGAAGAUGUGGGUCCAUGGCAAGCCUGCGACAUUGCGGCAGUCGCUUGCGUAUUGGAAUCUCGCCGAUGGUGCCCAUGUGGAGAUGAGUCUGGCGAAAUAA